AUGGCUUCAUCUUCUUCCCUCACCCUCUCUCAGGCCAUCCUCUCUCGCACCUCAAUCCCCCGCCAUGGCUCCUUCGCCCAGAAGCUCCACCCCUCUUCCACCUCCCCCUCCAUUUCCGUCCCCUCCUUCUCCGGCCUCAAAUUUGCCGUCUCCCGCCGCCGCCUCGCCACAGCCGCAACCCGCCUCUCCGUACGGGCCUCCGCCGACGUAGAGACCCUCGAGAAAACAACGGACACCGAGCUCUUCGAGAAGUCCGUCAACACCAUCCGGUUUCUGGCGAUUGACGCCGUGGAGAAGGCGAAUUCGGGCCACCCGGGCCUGCCCAUGGGCUGCGCUCCGAUGGGUCACGUACUGUAUGAUGAGGUCAUGAGGUACAACCCUAAGAACCCUUAUUGGUUCAAUCGUGACCGGUUUGUGCUCUCCGCUGGUCAUGGGUGUAUGCUGCAGUACGCACUUCUUCACUUGGCCGGAUACGACGCCGUCAAGGAAGAAGACUUGAAGAGUUUUCGUCAAUGGGGAAGCAAAACGCCUGGUCAUCCCGAGAACUUUGAGACGCCUGGUGUUGAAGUCACCACUGGCCCACUUGGGCAAGGUAUUGCCAAUGCUGUUGGCUUAGCGCUUGCAGAGAGUAACUUGGCUGCACGAUACAACAAACCGGAUAUCGAGAUAGUUGACCAUUACACAUAUGUCAUCCUCGGUGACGGUUGUCAAAUGGAGGGUAUCUCAAACGAAGCUUGCUCUCUCGCUGGACACUGGGGACUUGGAAAGUUGAUUGCUUUUUAUGACGAUAAUCACAUAUCCAUUGAUGGUGACACAGAGAUUGCUUUUACGGAGACUGUUGAGUCCCGUUUCGAAGCUCUUGGCUGGCAUGUGAUUUGGGUGAAGAAUGGAAAUACCGGUUAUGAUGAAAUUCGGGCUGCCAUUAAAGAAGCAAAGGCUGUCAAAGACAAGCCAACUUUGAUCAAGGUUACUACAACAAUCGGCUUUGGUUCACCGAACAAGGCCAACUCAUACAGUGUUCAUGGAAGUGCAUUGGGUGCCAAGGAAGUAGAUGCCACUCGACAAAACCUUGGAUGGCCAUACGAGCCUUUCCAUGUGCCUGAGGAUGUGAAGAACCAUUGGAGCCGACAUGUUGCUGAGGGAGCUGCUUUCGAAGGCGAAUGGAAUGCCAAAUUUGCCGAUUAUGAAAAGAAGUACCCAGAAGAAGCAGCUGAGUUGAAAUCUAUCAUCACUGGUGAAUUCCCUGCUGGUUGGGAGAAGGCCCUUCCUACAUACACUCCCGAGAGCCCAGCUGAUGCCACCCGCAACCUCUCCCAGCAGAACCUAAACGCCCUGGCCAAAGUCCUCCCGGGCCUCCUAGGUGGCAGUGCUGACCUGGCCUCCUCCAACAUGACCCUCCUCAAAACAUUCGGCGACUACCAAAAAUCAACUCCCGAGCAGCGUAACGUUCGGUUUGGGGUCCGCGAGCACGGCAUGGGCGCCAUUUGCAACGGGGUCGCCCUUCACUCCCCGGGCCUCAUCCCUUACUGCGCCACUUUCUUCGUUUUCACUGAUUACAUGCGUGCCGCCAUGCGUAUCUCCGCCUUAUCCGAAUCCGGCGUUAUCUACGUCAUGACCCAUGAUUCGAUCGGGCUCGGAGAAGACGGGCCUACACACCAGCCCAUCGAGCACCUCGCCAGCUUCCGGGCCAUGCCCAAUAUACUAAUGCUCCGGCCAGCCGAUGGGAACGAAACUGCCGGAGCUUACAAGGUAGCUGUCCUCAACCGGAAAAGGCCCUCCGUUCUCGCGCUUUCCCGCCAAAAGCUGACUCAGCUGCCCGGGACCUCCAUUGAAGGAGUCGAAAAGGGAGGUUAUAUCAUCUCUGAUAACUCCUCGUCUGGUAGCAAUAAUCCUGAUGUGAUCUUGAUUGGGACGGGCUCGGAAUUGGAGAUUGCAGCGAAAGCUGCAGAUGAGCUGAGAAAGGAAGGGAAGGCUGUGAGGGUCGUUUCGUUAGUUUCUUGGGAGCUUUUUGACGAGCAGUCGAACGAGUACAAGGAGAGUGUUCUUCCAUCUUCGGUUACUGCUAGGGUUAGCAUCGAGGCGGGUUCGACUUUUGGGUGGGGAAAGAUCGUGGGAGGUGAAGGGAAGUCAAUUGGGAUUGAUAGAUUUGGGGCGAGUGCUCCUGCCGGGAAGAUAUAUAAUGAGCUUGGGAUUACAGUUGAAUCUGUUAUAGCUGCUGCUAAGGAAUUCUUUUAG